AUGUCAGACGAAAUUGUUUGGCAAGUUAUAAAUCAGCAGUUCUGUGCUUUCAAAAUUAAGACUACCAAAGAGCAAAACUUUUGCAGAAAUGAAUAUAAUGUCUCGGGUUUAUGUUCUCGUCAAUCUUGUCCAUUGGCAAAUUCAAGGUAUGCUACCGUUAAGAAUGUUGAUGGUAAAUUAUACUUAUACAUGAAGACAGCUGAAAGAACACACAUGCCAUCUAAAUGGUGGGAAAGAAUUAGAUUAUCUAAGAAUUACAACAAAGCAUUGAGCCAGAUUGAUGGCCACUUGGAGUAUUGGCAAAAAUUUUUGAUUCACAAAUGCAAACAGAGAUUAACCAGAUUAACCCAGGUUGCUAUUACUGAAAGAAGAUUAGCAUUAAGAGAAGAUGAAAGACAUUAUGUUGGUGUUAAGCAUAAGGUUAAGAGAAGAGAAGAAAAUAGAGAAAGAAAGGCUUUAGCGGCAGCUAAGAUUGAAAAGGCUAUCGAAAAGGAAUUAUUAGAAAGAUUGAAGAGUGGUGCCUAUGGUGAUAAGCCAUUGAAUGUCGACGAAAACAUUUGGAAGAAGGUUUUGGGCAAAGUCGAUAAUGAAGAAGAAGAAGAGGAAGAAGAUGAAGACGAUGUUGAACUCGAAAGUGACGAUGAAAGUGAUGUUGGUGAAGUCGAGUAUGUGGAAGAUGAUGGCGACGACGAAUUGGUUGACUUAGAAGAUUUAGAAAAAUGGUUGGACGAUUCUUCUGAAGAAUCUGCCUCCGAAGAAUCUGACGACGAAUCGGAUAGCGAAGAUAAGUCCUCUAAGCGUAAAGCGGCUGCAGAUGAUAAAGCAAACAAGAGAAGGAGAAGACCUAAGGUUGAAAUUGAAUACGAACAAGAAGAACAAGAACCAUCAAUCCAGACCAACAUUGCGGCUUAG